UGCUCCCAACCAAAAUAUUUCCCGUCCUGUUUGUUGGAUGGUUAGCGGUGGCGCAUUCUUCGUCCGACCGGAAAAACAUGGAAAUACGACGGAGAGUGGCAACCUUCUAUUGCUAACCUGAAGUCACUGUUCUUUGUUGCAGAGCUGAAAAUUUUGGUAAAGAAAUAAGGGUGUUGAAAAGGGAAAAUUGGCGCCGGGCAGGGUGAUUGGCUUCGCCUCCUCAAUCAAAACCCUUGGGUUUUGUUUAGAGCCUGGGUUUUGCUGCCAUGACUGCGGGUUUCUGCGGGAAGCGCCAAGAGUUCGAGGAAACAUUUGGAUCUCCGGCUUCGUCUCCCUCCACUAAGAGAUCUCGCUGCUCAAACUACGGUUCGCCUAUCCGUAUCGCCGGAGUCGGAGUCGCGGACGAGGAUAAGGUCUCGGUUCUUCUGCGCAUGUUCCCUUCUAUGGAUAGGAAGGUCCUGGAAACUAUUCUAAACUCCCAUGAUAACAACAUUGAUGAUGCCAUCAAGAAUCUUCAUGCUCUUUGCCUUGGUGAAACUUUAGUGAGGGAUAAACCUGUUUAUAUUAGUUCAGAGCUCAAAUCAGAAGAAAAUGAAAGAGAAGGUGCUAUAAAUGCACAGAAUACUGAAGUGAAGGCUGCAGUCUUUCCUAAUGUUGAGUCUAAUCUUGGAAUAAAGGAAACUCAUGGAUCCUCAUGGGUGGAUAUAUUUGUCCAAGAAAUGAUGAACGCAUCAGAUUGGCAUGAUGUCAGGAACCGAGCCAUUAAGAUUUUGGAAUCUUUUAAACAAAUGAUUGUUACCCAAUCUACUUCCUCAAAGGAGCAAGAGAUUGCUUCUCUGAAGGAGCAGUUGCAGUGCUUGUUGAGAGAUAAUCAAAUUCUAAAGAGGGCUGUUACAAUUCAACAUGAACACAAUUCCGAAUUUUCAGAGAAGCUUAAGGAAGUGCAACAGCUGAAGAAUAUAAUUAGUCAAUACCAAGAGCAAGUCCGCACAUUGGAGUUGAACAAUUAUACAUUGAAGAUUCAUCUCCAGAGGGCUCAGGAGGCCACCUCCAUUCCAGGUCGUUUUCAUCCAGACAUUUUCUGAUGAUCAAACGGCUCUGAAUCUAUCUACUACCCACUUAGUGCGUCAGAAUUCUUCAUAUAUUCAUAAGGCGAGGUCAUGGCUUAGGUGUCAUGGCCCAAUUCUUCAACAAUUCUGUAAUAAAUAUGCCACCAUGGGCACAUGCAACUCAAGUUGGUUCUCAGCUGAUGAAGAGGCGUAAUUUGUGCUGAUUUUCUUUGCCUGAGCCAUAAAGAGUAGCUUCGGCAUUAAUUUCUUGCAACUUGGAUUUGAUUGAUGGUGAAUUCAAAAUAGGUUUAGUUUGGGAUAUCUUUCUUGCUACUUCUUAAAGCAGCUUUAAUUUUUGUACUAUAAAGCUGCUUUAAGAAGCAGUAAGACCGUCAUCCCAAAUGAAACCUUAGGCUUUCAAGGGGCAUACGUAAAGUUAGUAUUUUCCAUCAAUUGAGAGUAUCUAGUCACAUGAUUCUUAUGACUACUACUAUGUUUUCCAUCAUAUGAGAUUGCUUGCUUCUAUUGAUUUUCUUUGAUGCAAUUGUAGCAUUGUAAAUUGAAUCGAAAAAGAAAA